AUGGGUAAAGGAAGUCGUUCAAAACGUUCCUCUAACACUCCUGAUAUUUUAAGUAUUGAUCCUUCUGAUACAAAUGAUGGACGAAUUAAUGAAAAAAAACAGCGAUAUGUUUCAAGGCGAAGGGACGACGACCCUGGAUGGGUAGAGGAAGAACCACCAUACUAUUUUCUUUUCACAACUUAUCUUUCAUAUCUAGUUUUAAUUUGCUUUGGUCACCUACGAGAUUUCUUUGGUAAGAGAUUUAGAAGCAAAAAUUAUCAGCACCUAAAGGAACAAAAUGGCUAUGCUCCUCUCAACUCGGAUUUUGAUAAUUUUUACGUUCGUCGCCUCAAACUUCGAAUCAACGAUUGUUUUAAUCGUCCAGUCACUGGUGUACCGGGAAGAAAGAUUACACUUCUUGAGCGCGAAACAAAAGAUUAUUGCAAGACAUUCCAAUUAACCGGGAACACCAGAGAAUGUUUGAACUUGAGUAGUUACAAUUAUCUAGGAUUUGCUCAAGCCGACGGGCCUUGUGCCGACGCAGUUGAACAAACCGUGAGAAAAUAUGGAAUCAGCACGUGUAGUCCUCGAGCCGAAGUUGGCUCAUCGGAUCUUCAUCAGAAGGUGGAAUCCCUUGUGGCACGAUUUGUUGGAAAACAAGCAGCAAUGAUUAUUUCCAUGGGCUACGCCACAAACAGUACAACUCUUCCCGCGCUCGUGUCAAAAGGAUGCCUCAUAAUUUCCGAUGAAUUAAAUCAUAGUUCAAUUGUCUUCGGUAGUCGUCUGUCAGGAGCUUUCAUCCGAGUUUUUAAACAUAACAAUAUGGAUGAUCUAGAAAAUCUGUUAAAAGAAUGUAUUAGUCAGGGUCAACCACGUACGCACCGUCCAUGGAAGAAAAUCCUGUUAAUCGUAGAGGGCAUUUAUUCCAUGGAAGGUAGUAUUUGUAAUUUACCAAAAAUUCUGGAAUUGAAAAGGAAAUAUAAGUUUUACCUAUACGUCGAUGAAGCCCAUAGUAUUGGUGCACUGGGACCACGUGGUCGCGGGGUUUGUGAUUAUUUUGGUGUUAAUCCUAAUGAAGUUGACAUAUUGAUGGGAACAUUCACCAAGUCCUUUGGCGCAGCCGGUGGUUAUAUCGCUGCUAACCAAGAUAUAAUCGAUAAUUUACGGGUUACAAAUCACGCUUCAAUAUAUGCUGAAUCGAUGACUCCCCUAGUCCUUCAGCAAAUAUAUACUUCAAUGUCAAUCAUAAUGGGUGAAGACGGGACAAAUGAAGGUCAAGAACGUUUAGAGCGUUUGGCUUUCAAUGCUCGUUAUCUCAGUGUAAAUCUAAGGCGGUUGGGAUUUAUUAUUUAUGGUGAUCGUGACUCUCCAAUUAUUCCUCUAUUGUUGUUUAAUCCGGCAAAAAUCCCUGCCUUUUCCAGAGAAUGCUUGAAACGAAACAUAGCCGUAGUGGUUGUUGCAUAUCCGGCCACACCAAUGAUUUCUUCGCGUGCUAGAUUUUGUAUAUCCGCCGCACAUACAAGGCAGGACUUGGAUGAAAUACUAAAAGCAUGUAACGAGAUUGGAGAAAUUUUGCAGCUCAAAAUUUCAAAUAACCCCCAAAAAUUAGGUAUUGAAGAGGUAUUAAGAGUCGGUGAGCAGG